AUGUACUUGCCAUUGCUGAGAGACAUUGAGGAGAUUGGGCAGUACAGUUGGGGUAGCGCGACUCUGGCAUGGUUGUAUAGGAUGCUAUGUCGAGCAGCUCAGGUGGGUACGAGGGAGAUUGGAGGACCACUUGUGUUGCUACAGAUUUGGGCAUGGGAGAGAUUGAUUCGCAUUGCCCCGUCUAGGCGGCAACCGGUUGGUCCUGGUGAGCUUCCUAUGGGUGAGGGGGACAUGCAGUUGCCCACCGGACCGCGAGCUAGCCGGUGGAGGGUUGACAUGGGCCACGAGGUCGUCUCGACCUACGUAGUGGUAGUUUAUAGGGACCAGCUGGACCGCAUGAUCGAGGGCGAGGUAUGAACUUUUUUUAUUGCGUUUUAGUUGUCUUCUUCAUUGUAUAUGUUUUGAGUUCACGAGCAAAAUUUAAAUUAUUUGUCGUCAUUGUAGUUUAUCUGGCAGCCUUACGCUGGGGUCCU